GCAGAAAGUUACAGUUUAAACGAAAGUUUGAGCAAAAUGCCAGAACCAGCGAAGUCAGCGCCCAAGAAGGGCUCCAAGAAGGCGGCGUCUAAAGCUACGAAGACCGGUAGAAAGAGGAAAAGAUCCAGGAAGCAGAGCUACGCCAUCUACGUGUAUAAGGUGUUGAAACAGGUCCACCCAGACACCGGCAUCUCCUCCAAGGCUAUGAGCAUCAUGAACUCGUUCGUCAACGAUAUCUUCGAGCGGAUCGCCGGUGAGGCCUCCCGCCUGGCUCACUACAACAAGCGCUCCACCAUCACCUCCAGGGAGAUCCAGACCGCAGUCAGACUGCUGCUUCCCGGUGAGCUGGCCAAGCACGCCGUGUCCGAGGGCACCAAGGCCGUCACCAAGUACACCAGCUCCAAGUAAAGCUUCACUGCUCAACACCAAUACAACGGCUCUUUUAAGAGCCACACACGUCAUCUGCAGAGCUGCUGGUCCAUGUUAACGGUCAAAACUUCAUUUUUAUUGACGUACAGUCAGUGGAAGAACUAAUUGAAUGACCUUCUGUAUUACCUGCUAACUCUGAAAAUUCAGAUUUUCUCACCAACAUACCUGCAAACACUCAGAUCUUCCUACCCCUCUCUCUCUCUCUCUGUGUGUGUGUGUGGUCAUUAAAUAUUUUUGUACUGGAUGAUAAAAAUAUGACACUAAUGAAGACUGAAAGUGAUACAGCCACAAGGAGAGAGAGGGGGGGGAAACUGUUGACUUUGAAUGUCUGUGUUCUGUUUGUACCCAGCUGACUAUUGAAAGGUGCCAUGAAUCAGCAUUUAUAUGUGGGCUGUAAACUGUCGAUUGUUUAUAAGAAAAUGUUUGAAAUUAAAUAAAUAUGUUACUGAGCACAA